GGUCUUCCAUGUGGUGUAGAGGAGAUCAUCGGUGAUGAUGAGGUGCAGAGCGGUGAAUUAUCGUUUCUUUUCUCAUGUAUGAGACUGUAAUGUUAGUACCGUGGAGACCUGGCUUUACAUGGACGAAGUGAAAAUAAAGUGACAGUGUGGAAAACUUCAACAGUGCGUCCUGCUGUUUUGGGUUAGAGUGGCUAACCACCAUUGCUAACUCCUUCUCCAACCUCUCACCGCACCGUCACAACACACAUCCACACACCUAGGGAGAAUUUAGAGAGACCAAUUUACUUAACAUGUUUCUGGUCUGGGAGGAAACCAGAGAACCGGAGAGAACCCAGCAUGCACAGGGAGAACAUGCAGACUCCAUGCAGAAAGACCCUGGGAAUCGAACUCAGAACCUUCUUGCUGCAAGGCAACAGCUCUACCAUCUGCACCACUGUUCAGGCCUCAGGAGUUUAAUAUGGAAUAUAUUUAAUUGAAUUUGUUUGGGAUUUUUGUGAACAAGACAAUUAUGAUCACUUUGAUUGGAACAGGUGAUCUGUUGCCAUGGCGACUGAUGAUAGACCAAUAACUAUCAGCAAUGCAUCAUGAAGAGAGAGAGCAGCAGAGCUGCGUUAAGGAAGAGGGCGGUCUCUCUUUACUCUGAGUCUCCAGUCAGACACGAAAAACGUCAAACGAAGGAGAGAAACCAUGAAGGAAACACAGCAGAGUCUGCUGCUCUGUCUGAGUUUCCUGUUGGGCUGCAGAAUAAACCGAGUCCUCCCAGUUCGUCUGACUGUGAAUCCCAGCAGAUCUCAGUUCUUUAGAGGAGAAUCAGUGACUCUGAUCUGUGAGGAUGAAAACAGAUCUGAUGGAUGGACUGUGAGGAGAAACACGACCUUAGAGACCAGGAAGCGAUGUGGAGAUGGAUGGGGGAAAUUAAAUGGUUCUACCUGCAACAUCAGCAGCUUCUACAAACAUGAAACUGGUCUGUACUGGUGUGAGUCCAUGUCUGGAUCCUCCAGCAGCAGCAGCAGCAUCCAGCUCUCUGUCUCUGGUGGAUCAGUGAUCCUGCAGAGUCCUGUCCUCCCUGUGAUGGAGGGAGAUGACGUCACUCUGAGCUGCAGAGCAAGGAAUCCAACCCACAACCUCCCAGCUGCUUUCUAUAAAGAUGGCUCCUUCAUUGGUGAUGGAUCAUCAGGUCACAUGACCCUCCUCCAUGUUUCCAGCUCUGAUGAAGGCCUCUAUAAAUGUAAUGUCAAAGGUCAUGGAGAGUCUCCAUCCAGGAGGAUCUCUGUCAAAGAAAAACCAACAACCACUUCUUGUCCUCCACCUACUCCAUCACCUCCAUCAUCAUCAUCCUCUCCACCUUCCUCCCAGUCUGGUCUCUACAUUUCUCUAUCAUGUGUGAUUGUUGUGAUUUUCCUGCUGGUUCUGGUGUUACUGGUUCUACUGGUGAAGAGACGUCGUCACAAAACAAAAGCUGAUAACGGAGACGACGUCACAUACAGCGACAUCCAGAUAACUCAGCUACAUCAGCAGAGACCCAAAGAUGUUCGACCAGAUACAGACAUCAUCUACUCUUCACUGAGGUCAGUAGAACCUCUCAGCUGGUUCUGGAGACAGAGUCUCUCUGCCCUGUCCAGCUGCUGAUGUCUCCAUCAGAGGCUGUGAUAUGGAGCCGAACUGAUCUGGACUCAGAUGUUCUGUUUGUCCGACCCGGUCAGGAACAGUCAGUGGUCCGGCAUGCACCCUAUCAGAACCGAGUGAGUCUCCUGGACUGGCAGAUGAAGGAUGGAGACGUGUCUUUGGUUCUGGGCAACAUGAAGACUGAGGACAGCGGGACGUACGAGUGUCGAGUUCAAACUCAUCAACAUCGUCAACCUGCAGGUUUCUACUGCGCCUCCUCCAGGGACCCAGGAUGGAAGCAGGAAUGAUGGAUCCGUCAGACCUCUCCCUGCAGCCGGACUCGUUCUGAUUCUGUUGUUUGCUCUCUGGGUCCAAUCGGACUGAACUGAGUUUUCAUUACAACUGAACCUGCAGCUGAACAUGAAGUUACUUUGACUGUUUUACUGUGAACAUAAAUAUGGAAACCAGAUCAGCUAACAGAUCCCAAACCGUCCAGAGCUCCACUCAGACCAGAGGUCAAAGGUCAAACGGAGUCAGUCUCAGUGUUUCUCUGCAGAAUGAAGAUCAGAAUAUUUAUAUUUA